AUGAAUAAAGGGGGCUCUCGGUCGACCACCUCGCUUCCACCGGAGCCGGUGGAUAUAAUCCGGAGCAAGGCGCAUUCCCGCCGGGUGAGACUCAAUGUUGGGGGUCUCCUCCACGAAGUUCUAUGGAGAACGCUGGAUAGGUUGCCCCGAACAAGGCUGGGCAAACUACGAGACUGUAACACCCACGAGUCUCUCAUGGAGAUAUGCGACGACUACAGUUUGGAUGAUAAUGAGUACUUUUUCGACAGACACCCCGGGGCUUUCACGUCCAUUCUGAAUUUCUACCGCACGGGAAAACUGCACAUGAUGGAGGAGAUGUGUGCCCUGUCGUUUAGUCAGGAGCUGGACUUCUGGGGUAUAGAUGAGAUCUACCUAGAGUCCUGCUGUCAGGCCAGGUACCACCAGAAGAAGGAACAGAUGAACGAGGAGCUCAAAAGAGAAGCCGAAACUAUGAGGGGUAGGGAAGGCGAGGAUUUUGAUACCACAUGUUGUUCCGAGAAACAAAAGAAACUGUGGGAUCUCCUGGAGAAGCCGAGUUCAUCGUUAGCUGCUAAGGUAAGCAAAGUCCGGUAUACCUCUUCAAGUUUGUCUGAACUUUUCCCUGCAAGGGCUUACUGCUCUGCCAUGGGAUUGCAUGUCAUCUUGCUUUAAGUGGAUCGGCAGUUAAUAAGCGAAUGUAACUUCACAUAGGUCCUCCUAGAUAAAUAUUAUUGGUGGCUUACCGCCACAUUGAAGAGUUCAAUUUAGUCAUUUGCAUUACAUUCAACAAAAAAAAAAAAGGUGCCACAUUUUGAUUAUGACAUAUAAUUUGCUUAAAUUGUUCAUAUUUAAACAAUUACAUGACCUCUCCUUGAGGGUGAGAGUUGUUCUAAAGAGGAAAGUCAUAACUAAGGACAAGCAUAACUUUAAGUUUCUAGACUUGUAAGUGCUAUGACUCACACUAUGAGUGUGUUUGUGAUGAAGCAUGUCAUUGUAGGUUGACUUCACUAAAGUUGACAUAAAACAUUGUGUGGCCUCUGAUGCCUGGCUGGCUCCCUUCAUCUCGGAGCCAGUGCUUUUAAUCUGUCAUGUUCAAUGGCUCUGGAGAGCUCCUGGAAAAGCACUAUUCCACAUCUCCUGUACCAAUGAAUGAAUGUAGCCUAUCUCUGAGAGGUCGUCUGUUCAUACCAAUAGGGAGGUAAAGGUGUCAACAGAGCAUUAGCUCCAUCAUGACAGACUGAUCUGAUAUUAUGCAUGUAGCUGAUUUUGCCCUCAUAUUGAAUACUUAGAAUACUGAGUUUUGUCUGGAGACAAGUGGGCAGUACUGGGAAGUGGGAAGGCACGGGUACAAGGACCAGUUCGUGAUCAGUGUGUGAUUGAACGCGUGCAUUUCUAAUUAUCUUGUCCCUCUCUGUUAGUUUCAGACUCCAACAGUCUCUUUGAUUUUAAACCCAGUGUGAUUCCUAUAAAGGUCUCUUGAACACAGCGGUCGUUCAUAUUUGUAUUGGUAAAUCGAGAGAGGAAGGAGAGAGCAACAUCUCUUACUGGAGGUAUGCAUCCCAGGGGACUGGAGAAAAUAGAUGCAUUAAUCAAAACCACUACGUAAAUGUAACUCUUCAACUAAUUAUAGUCAGUUUAUCAAGUAUUUAAACUGAUUCUGGUCCCACUCUCUUGUCUUUGGAUUUCAUAAUGAGUGUAUGUAGAUGACAUUUUCAGUGUUUGGUUCCACCCACUCCUCUCUCUCUCUCUCUCUCUCUCUCUCUCUCCUCUCUCCUCUCUCUCCUCCUUCUCACGUCUCUCCUCUCUCUCUCCUCUCUCUCCUCUCUCUCUCUCUCUCUCUCUCUCUCUCUCUCUCUCUCUCUCUCUCUCUCUCUGCCUCAUUUCCAGCCCUGCAUUUUCUCUCAUAAUUUCUCUAAUUUAUGAGCUCAUUGCUCACGCUGCUGCAAUAGGGCCAUUUCACUGGGCUGGAUCAAUGUCAUGUUCAGUCAUGUUAACAGCAUUUUAAUGAAAUGUUUCCACUACUGUUUGACUAUGUCAAUAAUUAAUUCACAUGAUUAAUAACAGCCCAAUAACAUUUUCUGAACACUACAACUGUAAAUAGAUUGAGUAAUAAUUGGGAGAGUGGGGGGUCAAUAUUACACAGGUAUCAUUAUAUAGCUGGUUUAGCAAAUGUGAGUGUUGUGUUGUUUUCUUUUUGUUUUUCUGCUUACUUGUAACCAAGACAGCAUUACGUUUUUAUGAAGACGUUUUAGAGUUCAUGGAUCAUGCCCACUCCGAUUUCUACUGUAUUCUUCACCUGCUCUGCCUACUAUUGUAUAUUACAGUGAGGUCCAACAGUAUUUGGACAUUGAUAGAUGUUUUGUUGUUUUGGCUCUGUACUCCAUCACUUAGUAUUUGAAAUGACUAUGAUACACGCAAUGAUACACAAUGAUACACUGUCCCCCCAUUUUAGGUAACCAAAAGUAUUUGGACAAAUUCAGUUAUAUGUGUAUUAAAGUAGUCAAACCUUUAGUAUUUGGUCCCAUAUUCCUAGCACACAAUGACUACAUCAAGCUUGUGACUCUACAAACUUGUUGGAUGCAUUUGCAGUUUGUUUUGGUUGUGUUUCAGAUUAUUCUGUGCCCAAUAUAAAUUAAUGGUAAAUAAUCUAUUGUGUCAUUUUGUCGCAUGUUUCUGAACAUUAAUGUGGAUGCUACCAUGAUUACGAAUGAAUCGUGAAUAAUGAAUCGUGAGAAAGUUGCAGUGGCACCAAAGAUCAUACCCCCAAUACAUGCUAACCUAUCACAUUUAUCAAUAACAGGGGGUGUUAGCAUUCUGGGGUGGUAUGAUAUUUAUACGUAUGAAUAUAAUAGUACAGAGUUAGUAUGUUCUUCUGUUCUAGUCAACAUGAUUCCUUUCCUCCCAACAGAUUCAUCUCAGUGCAUUUGGCUCAUGCUGCACAGCAGGAUUAGUGCUGUCUGAGGACAUAGAUACAGUGGGGGAAAAAAAGUUUUUAGUCAGCCACCAAUUGUGCAAGUUCUCCCACUUAAAAAGAUGAGAGAGGCCUGUAAUUUUCACCAUAGGUACACGUCAACUAUGACAGACAAAUUGAGAAAACAAAAUCCAGAAAAUCACAUUGUAGGAUUUUUUAUGAAUUUAUUUGCAAAUUAUGGUGGAAAAUAAGUAUUUGGUCACCUACAAACAAGCAAGAUUUCUGGCUCUCACAGACCUGUAAGUUCUUCUUUAAGAGGCUCCUCUGUCCUCCACUCGUUACCUGUAUUAAUGGCACCUGUUUGAACUUGUUAUCAGUAUAAAAGACACCUGUCCACAACCUCAAACAGUCACACUCCAAACUCCACUAUGGCGAAAGACCAAAGAGCUGUCAAAGGACACCAGAAACAAAAUUGUAGACCUGCAUCAGGCUGGGAAGACUGAAUCUGCAAUAGGUAAGCAGCUUGGUUUGAAGAAAUCAACUGUGGGAGCAAUUAUUAGGAAAUGGAAGACAUACAAGACCACUGAUAAUCUCCCUCGAUCUGGGGCUCCACGCAAGAUCUCACCCCGUGGGGUCAAAAUGAUCACAAGAACGGUGAGCAAAAAUCCCAGAACCACACGGGGGGACCUAGUGAAUGACCUGCAGAGACUUGGGACCAAAGUAACAAAGCCUACCAUCAGUAACACACUAUGCCGCCAGGGACUCAAAUCCUGCAGUGCCAGACGUGUCCCCCUGCUUAAGCCAGUACAUGUCCAGGCCCGUCUGAAGUUUGCUAGAGUGCAUUUGGAUGAUCCAGAAGAGGAUUGGGAGAAUGUCAUAUGGUCAGAUGAAACCAAAAUAUAACUUUUUGGUAAAAACUCAACUCGUCGUGUUUGGAGGACAAAGAAUGCUGAGUUGCAUCCAAAGAACACCAUACCUACUGUGAAGCAUGGGGGUGGAAACAUCAUGCUUUGGGGCUGUUUUUCUGCAAAGGGACCAGGACGACUGAUCCGUGUAAAGGAAAGAAUGAAUGGGGCCAUGUAUCGUGAGAUUUUGAGUGAAAACCUCCUUCCAUCAGCAAGGGCAUUGAAGAUGAAACGUGGCUGGGUCUUUCAGCAUGACAAUGAUCCCAAACACACCGCCCGGGCAACGAAGGAGUGGCUUCGUAAGAAGCAUUUCAAGGUCCUGGAGUGGCCUAGCCAGUCUCCAGAUCUCAACCCCAUAGAAAAUCUUUGGAGGGAGUUGAAAGUCUGUGUUGCCCAGUGACAGCCCCAAAACAUCAUUGCUCUAGAGGAGAUCUGCAUGGAGGAAUGGGCCAAAAUACCAGCAACAGUGUGUGAAAAUCUUGUGAAGACUUACAGAAAAUGUUUGAUCUGUGUCAUUGCCAACAAAGGGUAUAUAACAAAGUAUUGAGAAACUUUUGUUAUUGACCAAAUACUUAUUUUCCACCAUAAUUUGCAAAUAAAUUCAUAAAAAAUCCUACAAUGUGAUUUUCUGUUUUUUUUUCUCAUUUUGUCUGUCAUAGUUGACGUGUACCUAUGAUGAAAAUUACAGGCCUCUCUCAUCUUUUUAAGUGGGAGAACUUGCACAAUUGGUGGCUGACUAAAUAAUUUUUUCCCCCACUCCAAGGGGCUCAGAAACUUCUGAAUGGAGGGGUGGGGGCAGGAGGGGGAUGCAGAGAUGAGGCAGCGGGAGUAAUUCAUUCACUUGACAAAUAGGGCCCUUGUCCCAUGUUUUCCCUCCGUAUCUAGGGGAGAGGGAGAUAAAAGUGUCAUGCUGAGGUUUAAUGGCAGGCGGUGGAUGCAGCCUUGUUUUCCCAUGCUUAAUUGAAGGGUGGCGUCGCUAAAAUAAGCUGUUCCCUAACACAGAUUCCACCUAAUUUAUUUUUCAGUGCAGAUACAUUUUUUAUUGUACAUUAAUUAUGCUUGACUUUGUGUCGUGUGACGGGUUAAGGGAAGGUGCGAUUCGCAGUAUCUAUAACUCAAGACGUCACCCUGGCUGUGCCUGGCCCUUUGGAGUUAUAACCUCCACAAAAUACACAUAUGAACCAUGGCUCUGAGACAAGCCAUUCCUCAUAGUCAGACCUGCUGUAUUAUGAAGGACACUGUGUAUACAUGAGCCUCCCCACUGGGCACAGACGUCAAUUCAACGUCUUUUCCACAUUGAUUCAAUGUAAUUUCAUUGUAAUUCAUUGUUUUUCCCUCUGAAUAAUUCACCCAAAGUAUAUAAAAUCUCUGGGAAACAAAACGUUUGAGAUCAUUAAUUCAUCCAUUAUAGAUGAUUCUCCUUUCGUACAUACAGUAUGUCUGAAAAGCGUGUACUGUGUGUGUUCACUGAGAGGAAAAGGAAAGCAGCUUGUGAAUGGAAGACCUGGCUGGUGCUGCACUAAAGCAUGUCUCAGCAUGUUUCUGCCUCAUAGACCACAGUUGACUCUCUGGGGCAUCAGCAUCAUGGCCAUGCAAUAUGACAGGCUCACAGUGCAUCAGAGGGUUGUAGCCUGUACACUGCCAUCUUACCUUACAUUAGAUAAGAUAACACACAGACAGGAUCAGAUGACAAAGCUACUGUCAAUGACAGUACUAGUUUGAUUCAAUAUUUCAUUGAUUGUCCUACAGCAACGUUAUUUUCCCUAUACAAUGUCAGGACAUGUCUAGGUUAUUGAGUCAACAGGUCGUGGCUAUGGGUUGUGGGUUGAUGGUGAUAUUUCCAUAUUUACACUCUGCCCUGUUCUACAGACAUCCCUGACUCUCCAUCUCCACACACAAUCACAGCACCCUCCCCAGUCCAACCUCCAACCUCCCCAUCCCCUGAAAGUCAAGCAAUGGAACCUACAACGACUGCAGUUUGGACCCAGAAUGGGACUUGAGCUAUACAAAAAGGAUGCUAGUAGUGUAUUAACUAAAUGGCUUGGAAAAUCAGUUGUCAGACAAUGUAAUCAGACUAUUUGAUGUUACAGCUAUGAUUCAGUGGUGGUUGACCAUGAUCCAAAUGCACCAUUCAGCUGUAGUUAAAAAGCCAUUUAGUUAAUACUAUUUCCUAACUAUACUGAACAAAAAUAUAAAUGCAACAUGCAACAAUUUCAAAGAUGUUGCUGAGUUACAGAUCAUAUAAGGAAAUCAGUCAAUUUAAAUAAAUAAAUUAGGCCCUAACCUAUGGAUUCCCAUCAAUGUUCACGCAGGUGAAGAAGCCAGAUGUGGAGGUCCUGGGCACGUGGUCUGCGGUUGUGUGGCUGGUUGGACGUACUGCCAAAUUCUCUAAAACAACAUUGGAGGCGGCUUAUGGUAGAGAGAUGAACAUUCAAUUCUCUGGCAACAGCUCAGGUGGACAUUCCUGCAGUCAGCAUGACAAUUGCACGCUCCCUCAAAACUUGAGACAUCUGUGGCAUUGUGUUGUGUGGCAAAACUGCACAUUUUAGAGUGGCCUUUUAUUGUCCCCAGCACAAGGUGCAUCUGUGUAAUGAUCCUGCUGUUUAAUCAGCUUCUUGAUAUGCCACACCUGUCAGGUGGAUGGAUUGUCUUGGCAAAGGAUAAAAUGCUCACUAACAGGGAUGUAAACAAAUUUGUGCACAAAAUUUGAGAGAACAACAUUUGAGAUUUUUGUGGGUAUGGAACAUUUCUACGAUAUUUUAUUUCAGCUCAUGAAACAUGGGACCAGCGCUUUACAUGUUGCAUUUAUAUUUUUGUUCAGUAUAAAUGUUAAUGUUGGAUUUACUACAGUAUAUUUCUGUUGGACUUUCCUCAACACCUCAUACAGACCUGUGAGGCCUCUUGAGCAUCCCUGAACCCUGACCCUCACAGUAAUCUCUUGGCUAUACUCCUGAAUGGGUUUGUGCUAGUUACAGUCACCCACUGCUAUUUACUGAAACCUGCUUCAGGUUCUAUCUCCUAUUUUCCAGAAACACAUUUUUGACUCAACCUCCGUCUCUGUCUCUGGUUGAGUGAUGAUGAGUAGGCCUACCUUAUGGCUAGGUUGACAGGUCCUCUGCAAAUAAUGAAUGAGGGGCUCCAGCAGCCUACAGUACAGCAGCCCUGUUCACAUCUCCUCACGCUUGACCUUUCACUUCUUAAAUGUCACCAUUGGAACUUAUCUGCAGUACUUUACUUUUCUACCCACACAAGUUUUAUUAGUCGUAUGUACGGGAUACAUAUGGUAUACACCUUCCAAAGAAAUGCUUACUUGCAGGUUCCUUCUUGACAAUGCAACAAAAAUAAGAAAUUAUAAAAGAUAAGAAUAAGAACAUAAAGUAAAUGGCUCAGUAGAAUAUCAUUUUAGGAUAAGUAUAUUACAGGAAUCUCAAUUUCUAGUCCAAUAUUUACAUGUAUUUUGGGGAAGGGGGGAUUGGGGGGCAAGUGUUUAAAUUAUGCAGUAUUUAGCGAUCAUAAUAAGAGUCUGUUAGCAGGAGAUGUGUGUGUAGCGUGAAUGUGUGUGUGUGUAUUUGUGUGUGUGUGUUUGUGUGUGUUUGUGUGGAUGUGUUUAUGUCUGUGUGGGUGUGUGCGUAAGUGAGUGCAUGUGUGCUAAGUUGCGGAGAAUCAGAGCAGGCUGUCUGUCCAGUUUAAGUGUUCAGCAGUCUGAUGGCUUGUAGAUUGAAACUCUCUGAGCCUGUUGGUAUCAGACCUCAUACUCCGAUAUUGUCUGCCCGAUGGUAAGGGAGUGAACAGCAGGCCUUCCCCAGGCACCAUUUCGCGUAGAUGUCCUGGAUGGGGGGAGCACGGUCCCAGUGAUGUACUGGGCCGUCUCCACCACCCACUGGAGGGCCUUGCGGUCGUGGAUGAAGCAAUUCCCGUACUAGGCCGUGAGGCAACCAGUCAGGUCGCUCUCAAUGGUGCAGCGUUGGUAUUUGGAGAGGACCCGGGGUGACAUGACGAAUUUCUUCAGCUGCUUUAGGAAGUAAAGACGCAGUUGCGCCCUCUUGACAAGAGUGGUUGUGUUGUUGGUCCAUGACAAGUCCUCGGUGAUGUGGAAGCCGAGAAACUUUAAACUGCUGACUCUCUCUACUGCAAUCCCGUUGUUGUCCUGGCACCACAAUGCCAGUACACUUACCUCCUCCCUGUAGGCUGACUCGUAGUUGUUGGUUAUCAGGCCUACAACCGUGGUGACGUCAGCAAACUUGAUGAUGGAGUUGGGGUCGUGCAAAGUCACACAGUCGUGGGUGAACAGGGAGUACCGCAGAGGGCUGAGGACACACUCCUGGGGUACACUGGCUGUGUGUGUGUAAUGGCUAGGAGCUGCUACAUACUGUAAGGUAUUUAGGCAGUCUUAGAACACACUCUGCAUUAUAAGGGGGUUGGUCAGUGUGUGUUCGUUUGUAUGUGUGUGUGUGUGUGUGUGUGCGUGUGUGUGUAGUAGUGGUAGUAGUGUUACUCUGGUACGGUAGACUUAGUGGCUCCCUCCAUUAGGCAAUAAGCUAAUGUAGAUCACCUCUCUGGGUGGAAACCCUCCAGUGCCAGUAGGACAGUGUUGCCUAGUUCCGCUCCAAACCAAGUGGGUCAAACUGCUCCCGGCAGACUGCUGUGAAAGCACAGAAAGCAGCCGUCUCUUCCGGUUACCCUCCGGUCAAAUGA